AUGUUUUCGCUCUAACAAUUACAUUUAAGUUUAAAUGUGCGCACUCUUUCGUAGAUUAUACAAGUGUUGCGGUGUGAAAAACAAAUGAAAUGUUGACGUUUCUGAGAUAUUGUGUCGGAGCUGUAUGUGCCAUAGUUUUCUUUGAUGCAGUACAUGCACAAGUGAGCGACAGUGGUGUUAGAGUACGUCUCGUUGGCGGAUCUUCGAAUGGGACAGGUCGGUUGGAGAUAUUUAACAGUGGUGAAUGGUCAACCGUUUAUAAUAGCAACUUUGACCAGAAUGACGCCGCUGUUGUCUGCAAAAUGCUUGGAUUUCAAGAGAGCGGACUUGUAAGCCUAUUUCCAAACUUGUUUGGACCUGGUACUGGAUCAGUAAUUCGGACUGACUUUCAAUGCCAAGGUGAUGAAUCUUCACUUGAAAAAUGCAGUUUGCCCAGUAAUUGGUAUACAAGCACAAGCUACAGUCACUCAUAUGAUCUGGCUAUGAGUUGCAAAGCUACUCCUAUCCGCCUCGUCGAUGGUGAUGAUUCACAGUCUGGUAGGGUGGAACUAUUUAUAUUGAAUAAAUGGUAUACUGUUUGUGACGAUAACUUUGAUGGUAAUGACGCCCGUGUGAUAUGUAAAAUGCUUGGAUUUUCUGACAGUGGCGUAUCUCGGGCAUACUCAGAGAGCCAUUUUGGUCAAGGGUAUGGUGGAGUAAUUGUGACAAAUUUAAGAUGUGAUGGUACGGAAAACGAUCUUAAACAAUGCAGAUCUUCUUGGGGAACAAAUAAUAAUUGUGACCAUAGAGAAGACGCAGGCGUGAGUUGUAGCAGGACGCAGAUUAGGCUUGUAGACGGACCAACAAACACGUCUGGGAGAGUUGAGGUGUUUCAUGCUGGUCAGUGGGGAACUAUCUGUUCAUCUGGAGGAUUUUCAACUCAAGAUAUAAAAAUCAUAUGUAAAAUGGUCGGAGUUCAAAAUCAACAUGCAUUCGGUUAUUCUUUUGCUUAUUAUGGUCAAGGAUUGGGACACAUAAUGUUGUCCAAUCUAGUUUGUGACGGCUCUGAGAGUGACUUUUCACAGUGUUCAACUAGCGCAUGGGCUGGUCCAUUAGAAUCUGUUUCCUGUAGUCAUUCUUACGAUGUUGGGGUCAACUGUGAAGGAAAGACACCAAUACGACUAAUAAAUGGAGACUCAGAACAGUCGGGAAGGGUGGAAAUAUACAACCUUGGUCAGUGGGGAACGGUGUCGGACAAUAACUUUGAUUACCAUGACCUCCAAGUUAUAUGCCGAAUGCUCGGAUAUACUUACAAUUCGAAAUCAUUCUUCAUGAGAGGAGCUUACUAUGGUCAAGGAUUCGGACAUAUACAAGUCUCUAAUCUAGGAUGCAACGGUGAUGAAUCAGAUCUAGGUCAUUGCUCAGCAACGUGGUGGCCAAAUACGGGUUCGUCGUCUCAUUCACAAGAUAUCGGCGUUAGUUGUGAUGAACAUAUUCCAAUAAAACUUGUGGGUGAUGGCAACGAUGCCGCCGGAAGAGUAGAAAUUUUACAUGACGGCUAUUACCAUACAAUAUGUGGAGAGAAUUUUGGCAAGCCGGAUUUAAUUGUUAUAUGCCGAAUGCUCGGAUUUGAAAACAUUCCACGGUCUGCUUACUGGGGAUACCUUCCAACGUAUGCCCAAGAUAUCGGAACAAUGGGAGCCCUCUCAUCUCAACUGCGACGGCUCUGAACUUAAUAUUGGACAGUACAAUGUGGCGCAUAUAUGCCAGCUAGCACUCGGUAUUGUGAUCAUUCCAAGGACGUAUUCGUAAAUUGCAAUGGAGCUCCUGAGAGAAUAAGAUUAGUUGGUGGGAAUACAAAUAGCUCAGGAAGAGUCGAAAUCAACGUGUCUGGCAGAUGGGGAACAAUCUGUGACAGUGGUUUCGGCAGAACUGAUGCAAUUGUUAUUUGUAGAAUUCAAAAAUUUCCCCACCCGGAACGAGCACAAGCAUUUUCCAAUGCACACUAUGGUCAGGGCAAUGUCAGUAUUGUUAUGUCCAAUUUACAAUGCAACGGAGUAGAGGUAAACAUCGGACAAUGUAACCCAAGUAUGUAUACGGGAAGCUGCUAUCAUUCAGAUGAUAUUGGGGUGGACUGUUGCCCUAACUGUGACAGUGCUGGACAAAUAGUAGGGAAGUAGCAGAAUCGAAGAAAGAUGUUCUAAAAUAAUUGUCAAAAUAUACAGUCGGAUUUUGCUUGUUUCGAUGUCUUAUUUUCUAGAAAUACUGCUUUCACAAGU